AUGUACGGACGGGCUCCAAGAGUGACCUUCAUGACAGCAGGGGGUGCAUCGUCUGCUGUUGGUCCCGGAUCAUACAAUGUGAGCCAGUCCAGUUACAAGAUAUCAGAUGGCUAUGCACCAUUCCUUUCCUUGAGUGCCAGGCAAUCAAUAUUCUCCAAAGACAGUGAGAGCUUACUAGGACCUGGACACUAUGACUGCUCACCUGUCAAGUUAAAUGUCCAUGGUGGCAGCAGUCUUCAGAACCGCUCCAAGCGUUUUGAGGAUGUGGUGUCAGAGGUUCCAGGCCCUGGGGCCUACAAUGUGUCGCCUGCCUCAAAAAAGGCACACAGGGCUGUGACAGCUAAUGUAGGACACCCUGGAAGGCCUGGCAACAAAGUGGCUAAAGGUCUCCGGCUAGCUCUUCAGUCAGACAUUCCAUCCAUUCCCUCCCCGGGCCAGGCCUAUGGCUAUGAAGAGGAUGCCCGGGGUGUCCUCCGUAAGCAACAGCCCCCUCCUAAGGACACAACCCUGGGGCCAGCCUACUACAGUCCACUGCUGUCUGAGAUGAGUUCUACACAGAAAUAUAAAGGGAUCCACUUUGGCAACAUGACAGGGAGGAGAUCUGAGGAGAAGGUGGAUGUGGGACCAGCUCCAGGACAAUAUGACCCCGAACUGGUCCCAGAAACACAGUACGAGAAUGUGAACCUUCAAAAGGAUCAGAGAGGCAGAGUUGAGCUUGUCAUCCCUCGCUACCAUGAACUUGUGCCCAUGCAGGCAGAAAAGAAGGGAGUUCCUGGUCCAGGCCAGUACCACAUCAGAAGUCAGUUUGAGAAACCUGUUGAGCCUGGCGGCCUGCCGAAAUUCUCUUGUACCUUCCUCUCAAAGACUGAGAGGUUUGGCCCUGUGAAAGAAGUGUCGCCCCCUGUUGGUACAUAUAAUGACCCGCGCUGUGCCCUGGAGCUGCUGAAGAGGACCUCAGGAAUAAAGAAAAGUCCAUUUGGUGUCACUGCACCUCGCUUCUCUUCUAACCACAGAAAAGGCACCACACCAGGUCCAGGUUCCUACAAUGUGUUUGAGCAUGGCUUAGCCCGGGAAAGUUUUAAAAAGGCUUUUUUUUCUCAAACCAAGAAGGGAGGCUUUGGCUCUUCUUCUCAACGCAGCUCCCUUUUCUACAAAAAGGAAUCUGUCGAGACCCCAAGUCCAGCACAGUAUGAGAAGGAAAAGAAGACAGAGGAGAGCUACAAACAGCAGCACACAGCGGCUUUUAAAUCGGUCACAGAGCGUCUGGCUUUACCACUGCUGGCUAAAGAUUCCCCUGCACCCAGCAGAUACAAUGUGAGUCAGACAUUUGAGAAGGUUAAUGGCCACUCUUACUUAGAACCCCGAAGUGAAGACGCUAAGAAACGGCAAAGCUGCUUCCUGUCUGCUGCACCGAGAAAUGAUUUCUUCCUACACAGUAACUCCAGCGUGCCAGGCCCCGGCCAGUACAACCCAAAUGUAAAAUCUGCUCCAAAGUUGGCACUGAUGUCCUCCAAAGAAGAUCGAUUCAAAGUUCCCAAGAACAUCAUCCCAGGACCUGACACUUAUUGGUUGAGUCCAAGUAUUAUGAACACACUACUGAAGGGCACCUUCAACGUGACGCUCAACAACCCUCUGAGUCCCAGCUGCUCCCCCCGUGUGGCUGAUGGGCCUUUAACAGCCCACAAUGCCAUUAAAGCAAGCACACCCAACACCUUUAUCGCCACCAUCAGUUCAUAGAGUUCUUUGUGGGUCAGAGUUUAAAGAUGAAAGGUUAGUGGGGGGAAAAGGUCAGUUCUCAGGUCAUUACAUUUAAAUUCAUAUUCUGAGAAAAGUUGAGUUUUCAUGAAUAUUGAUGUUAUGUUCAUUCUGUUUGAAUAUAUAGCAGAUAACAAGUGAGUAAAGUUACAGUUUAAUAACUGAAAACAAGGUAAGUUUGUUCAUGUAAUAACAGAAAUGUGCAAUUACAAUAUGUAUUGUAAUUCAAUAUCAGGCUUCAGGAGGUUUUUAGACUAAUUGUGAGAAUGACAGUAACAUUUUUAUAUGUUGUAUGAGUGCAUUUCAUUAUGCAUUUGGCAUAGUUUUUACUCCCAGCCACUUUUUGAAAGCUUAUGUCUGCAAUCUGUCCAAGCUGUUUGUUUUACUGUGUGUGAUAUUUGUGUUUGAGUGUGUGUCUAAGCCCAGAAUGGGCUAUCAAAUAACAGAGAAGUUCCCUAGAGCUGUUGUUCUGGUAAUAGGUUUCAGUUUUUCAAGUGCUAGAAAUUGCCCUCAGAGUAAAUUACAGUUCAUUUAAGCUAAUUAUA